UAAUUUGUCAUCCAUUUCUCUAAACAGUUGGCAGAAUUUGUGCGUGUGGUGUGUGCUAGUCUGCCGACGGCGUCCGUUCAUAGAAAAGAGAGAAGACAUAAGAGCCUUUUGUCAAAUUAAAGUAAUUUAGUUGAGAAAAAAUUUUAAUAGUUAGAGAAAAGAGAUAUCAAGAUAGUUAAGGGUAACAAAGUGGUAGUUCAGCUGCGUUUUGGAUUUUCUGACCUCUUGAACUCCCCGCGGGUUUUUUCUUUCCCGCGAGGUGAAUAACAGUGGUACAUAGCCAAACCCCUGACCCCUCUGAAGCUUCGCGCCUCGGCGCCUAGGCUAUAUCAAAAGGAAGGAGAAAGAAAUUGCGGAAGCGGGGAGGUUAAGAGGACGGCACGAAAGGGACAACGCGCCGUCCAUCACCAUGAAGCUCGUUGACCACGUGGUGAGGAGCUUCAAGGUGGCCAAAGUUUUUCGUGAAAAUUCUGAUCGAAUAAAUAGUAUCGACUUUUCACCAAAUGGGGAUACUUUGAUCUCUUGUUCAGAAGAUGACCAGAUCGUGAUAUAUGACUGUGAAAAAGGCACUCAGGUGCGUACAGUCAAUUCUAAGAAAUAUGGUGUAGAUUUAAUCCAUUUUACACAUGCAAAGAACACUGCAAUACACAGCAGUACCAAAAUUGAUGAUACUAUUCGCUAUUUGAGUCUUCAUGAUAACAAAUAUAUAAGAUAUUUCCCAGGUCAUAGCAAGAAAGUUGUAUCAUUAUGCAUUAGUCCUAUAGAAGAUACAUUUCUUUCUGGUUCUUUAGAUAAAUCAUUAAGAUUAUGGGAUUUACGUUCACCUAAUUGCCAUGGUGUUAUGAAUGUUUCUGGACGUCCAGUUGCUGCAUAUGAUCCUGAAGGUCUUAUUUUUGCAGCAGGUGUCAAUUCAGAAUUUUUAAAGCUAUAUGAUUUACGCAGUUUUGAUAAGGGGCCAUUUGUUACAUUUAAAUUAUCUCAAGAAAAAGAGUGUGAUUGGACAGGACUAAAAUUCAGUAGAGAUGGUAAAACUAUUUUGAUUUCUACAAAUGGUAGUACAAUUCGUUUGAUUGAUGCAUUUCAUGGUACACCAUUACAAACAUUUGCUGGCUAUUUAAACAAUAAGGGAAUUGCAAUUGAAGCCAGUUUUAGUCCUGAUUCACAGUUUGUAUUUAGCGGAUCUACAGAUGGUAGAGUACAUGUAUGGAAUGCAGAAACUGGAUACAAAGUUUGUGUGCUUAAUGGAGAUCAUCCAGCACCAGUUCAGUGUAUUCAAUUUAAUCCUAAAUAUAUGAUGUUAGCAUCUGCCUGUACUAAUAUGGCAUUUUGGUUACCUACUGUUGAUGAAAGUGCAUAAAAUCAAUGCAUCAGACUUUGGGCAAUGCUCACAAGAAUUUAUCUAAUUUUGUGCAAGAUAGAACUGAAAAUGACAUCGGUUCAAGAAAGAAAUGACAACCAAGAACUCUUGGGUAUUUUAAAUGAGCAGAAAUUGCAUUUACAUUAUAUUCAAAGUUAACUAACCGACGUAUGAGACGCCGGUGUUGGAACAAACCCAAGAAA